UUUCCUCGCAAAGAUGGUGCACACAGAUGCUAGGUUCGUGGUCGGUGUGGUUGGGAAUGUCAUCUCUGGCGGCCUUUUCCUCUCCCCAAUUCCUACGUUCAUACAAAUAUGGAGAAAAAAAGAUGUGGAAGCUUUCGAUCCAAGACCUUACCUUACAACAGUGUUAAACUGUUUGUUCUGGUGUUACUAUGGAUUGCCAUUUGUUAACCCAAAUAGCAUUUUAGUUGUCACUAUUAAUGGAAUUGGGCUAUUUAUAGAGCUCAUAUAUCUUAUCAUAUUCUUCUAUUACGCCGCAGCAAAAGGACGAAAGAGGGUUGCUACAUACUUUAUAUGUGAACUUAUUUUAUUUGGUGCUUUGGUGGCUGCAACUAUGUUAGCAAUACCUGAGCAUAAGACGGCAAUGAAUCGACCUUUGAGGGCUGUCGUAGUUGGUGCGAUCUGUGAUUUUUUCAAUGUCCUCAUGUAUGGCUCUCCUUUGUUCAACGUGAGAGAUGUCAUUAAAACUAGGAGUGUGAAAUAUAUGCCAUUCACACUCCUAGUGGCCAACUUCCUGAAUGGUUGUUGCUGGACAUCCUAUGCUCUCAUUGGAAAAGUGGAUUACUUCAUUUUGAUUAGCAACGGUCUCGGCGCAAUUUUUGGGGCAUUUCAAUUGAUAGUUUAUGCAAGAUACUACAAAACUACACCAAAAGAUGAAGACCUCUCUGGCAAGACUACUAAUGAAGUGCAACUCUGUACUAAUGUCUAA